AUGCGCUACGACUCGAUAGGUUUCGCAUCAUGGAAUAUUAGCGGGAUCGCCUCGGUAUUGAACUACGAGAUAUCGAAUUACCAGUACAGUAAUGAAGAACUGAUACAAGUCGAGGACUCUACAAUAGGAAAAGAGACCCAACGGGAUACGGAGAAGGAGACACAAAGGCCUCAUGAUCCACCUAGAUGCAAAAUAACCAGAGAAAGCAGCUCCGGAAAGAGCGCGAGGAAGAAGACCAACAAGGAAAAACAGAAGAAUAGAAAAAAGAACGCCCAAACGAGCCCAUCACGAGUGAUCCCCCGAAAAAGCACCCCUGCGGGAACUCAAGAAAGCCGUCGCCAAACCCAGUCACCUACUCACAGCGCUGAAGAUCCGAAAAGCCGUGCAUGCAAAUCUGUAGACCAACUGGCACGCGAGUUUGUAGAUGGGAAUCAGAAGAUUGCCACAGAACUGGGACGGCUGGCACCAGAACGCAACAGCUGCAAACCUUAG